AGUUUAAGGCCAGGAGUCGUGGACGCGCACCCAGCUGCCUCUGUGAUCUGUGCUCGUUCACGACCAAACACCUGACUACUGCAGGGGACCGAGCCCGCAGAUUUUUCUCAUAGAAAACCAAACUCCUCUACAAAGCUUCCUGUUGAUUACACAGCUGUGUUGAUUCUGAGCAGGAUGGCGGAUGGGGAGAAGUUGGUAUCAGAGGAGCAGACGGUGGACAGCGGCCCGCUGCCGGACUACAGGCGGCGGACUCGGCUGUACUGCAUGAAUGGCGGACACCACCUCCAGAUCCUCCCUGAUGGGACGGUUCAGGGCCACAGGGAUGACGGGGACGUUCACAUUGUUUUAAAGCUCAAAGCUGUGGACAGAGGUGUAGUGGUGAUCCAAGGAACAGAAGCCGGGCGAUACUUGGCCAUGAGCGACGAGGGGCGUUUGUACAGUUCACCCACAGUGACUGCUGAAUGUUACUUCCUGGAGAAGUUGGAGGAGAACCACUACAACACAUAUGUACCUCAGAAAUAUCAGGAGAGGAACUGGUACGUAGCUCUGAAAAAGAACGGAAAACCUAAACUGGGUCCUAGAACUCACAUCGGACAGAAGGCCGUCUUCUUUCUGCCCCGAAGGCUGAGUGACUCCGGGGAGUAAAGACGCUCUCAGCACACAGUGAUACCUCAACCUAAAUGGAACGAAUGUUGUGAAAAGGGUUGAUGAGGUACUGGCUUGCAGAAACAAAUCUGUCAAGAACAAAAAGGGGCGAAGCGGCAAUAAUUCAACGGAUAAUUAUUAGAGAAAGGACCAGCUCGCAUCUGAGCUAAAAUACUGUGCAUGUCAUCUUUUUCCCCACUAACACAUCCCAUUUUAGCUGGUGGCAGGUCUUCUUACUGCAAAACAUGAAGAGCAAACAAGAAAACAAGUAUUCCAUUAUAUAUAUAUAUAAUAACAAAAUAUGAUGUAGCACAUUUAGUUACCUGAAUUAAUUAUCAUAUAAAAGUCUCCAGAUGUCAAUGAAAUUUGGUGGAAGGUUAGACCAGAGGCAGGAAUAAGUAACUGCUUAAUUAAAAAAGUCCCAUUAUGUCAGAAAUACCGCAUUCACUUGAAUGAAACAUGACACAUGUAACCCACUGACUGAGAAUGUUGUUAGUUUGUUGGAAGUCAUGUGCUUCGAGUCCUUUCUAGUUUGACUUUUCUGCAGUCAACGCUUUGCUCUCAAGGAGUAAUGCCUUGGCAGAUUAGAAGACAAAAAAGUAUCAAUUUACAGCUUGAAAAGGGCUGUUGAGACACUCACCUCUCUAUAUAACAGGGUGUCAAGCUGAAAAACUGCAAUUUCUUAUUUCCAGCAGUUACACUUUGCUGCCACCAAUGUGUAAAAUCACAAAAUGACCAAGGCACCAUUGAACAGAUAAAAGCUGCCACUCUGUUACAACCUUGAGCCAUACGAAUAACUGCUUCAUUAUACUAACCUGUAAAUAAUAUAACCAAGAAUGUAAUACAAUCUAGACAACUCAGAAAUGAUGCAUUAAAAGUGACAUUUAUUUAACACUAAACGUUUUCUGUACAGUUUCAUAACAACAAAACCCCAAGGUUGCAGCUUUACAUCACAGAAAUAAGCAUGAGUCCGUAUCAAAGCCGUGGCAGAAGUAUGAAGUUAACUGAUAAAGCUAACAGUUCAGUUUGCUGGACCAGACUAAAAUCCAUAUUAACUCCUUGCAUUGAAAACAGUUAGUUAGAUGAUGAAAAACUAUUAUCCUGACAUGUCGUUUCCCUUAGAAUAUAAAAACAAAAACCACUGUGUCGAGUCAUUCCUUGUUUUAUAUGUCUGGGACUUCAAAUAAUGAUAGGAACAUCCUCUGGGUUUUAUUGGUUAUGUUUCUAAAAGUGCACCUGCAUACAACAUUCUUUGAUAUAGUUUUGAUACCUACAAGAUAGCUUACACUUUAUUAAUCAUUUAAAAAAAGAAAAA